CAAGUGGCGGAGAUCGGGGCAUUAUAAAUCACAAAAAUUCAAACAGUAAAAAAUACAUUAAAAUCAACACGUGAAAUUGUACUAUUAUCUUUAUGAAAUAUGGAAACGGAAGAACUUUGCAGUAUCAAUAUUGCCCCAUUAGUAACGAGCCCGUUUGCUAUAGAAUGGUCACCUGAUAAUCACAUUUCAAUAAUUACGGAAAAGGGUGUACACGUGCUUGAGUUACAACCUUCGCCUAUGUCGCCGAAUCCAAUUUUCAAGUUUUUCCGUUCUUUCAUAUAUUCUUCCAAUAUUUUGCCAGCAGGUGCUUUUACAAAGGAGAUAGAUUCCUCAAUAUGGAAUUUGAAACGUGAAGAGAUUUAUUCACUUCUUAUGGAUGAUGUCAUUACGCCAAAGUUAGACGGAGUAAUUGACAAGUGUCCUAGGAUAGUAAAGGUGACGUGGUCUCCUAAAAAUUUGAUUUCUCCUAGUCAGUGUAUAUUAGCGAUAUUAAACUCAGCAGGUGCAGUUGAAUUGUUGCAUAAAGUUUUUAAUAAUUGGUAUUCCAUAUGUGAUGUUUUGUCCCUUCGGCUAAAAAUUAUACAAGAUGAAAUCAAAGUUGGACUGGAUAAAUAUGAUCUUAAUGAGAAAUUAAAUAACCAGAGUGCAAGGACAAUUGAGACUAUAAAGAAAGUACAAGCUUGCUCUAUGGCAUGGAGUAAACUGUUCAAAAUAGAAGAAACUUUGCUCCUUAAAAGAGAAGAAGCCUUUGCAUAUUUUUCUGUAGCCUAUCGUAAUGGCGAUAUAGUGAUUUGGAAGGUUCCCAGAAUAUCAAAUUUUACAAAAAGCUUGCAGCCUAUAUUUGUCGGAUUAAUACAUUUAAAUCAUGCAUCAAAAAUUAAUGUAUUAUGUUGGAUUACUAUUAAUAUCAACGAACAUCUGAUUGCUGUUGGAUAUUUGGAUGGUAGAAUAUGUGGUAUAAAAUUAACAGAUAAUAAUAAUAAUAUACAAAUAACACUUGUAGAAAAGUAUGUCGAUUCUGAUCAUAUAGCAGUCAAUUAUUUAUAUAUAAUUCCUCAAGACAACAUAAAGAUUCUUGCUGCCAAAGGUUCUUUCCUCUUGUUAUUAUGCACAAAUUCGAAAAGUAUACGUUAUUUUCGUGCUCCAGGAUUUACCAUUACAGGUGUAGUUCCUGUUAAUGCUCAGCAAUUUUUAAUCACUACACAGGACAGUUAUACUUUUAUCAUUGACAUAGAAUCAAAUGAUUUAGUUAGUAUCAAUGUUAAAAGUCAUUUACCACAAACACGUGUUCAAUAUUUAGGACUCGCUCAUUCUCUAAAUAGAGUAAUAUUUGUAAAUAUAACUAGUCCAAAUACAGUAUAUGAUCAUCUGGUGAUAAGAGAACCAAGUAUAAUACACAUAUUUACUUUAAAAGAUGUAUGUAAUCCAUUAUCUACUAUUAGAAAGAGUAAAAAACUCGGAAAUGUCUGGGAUUGUAUGGAAAUCCUUAGACUAAAAGCUCUCAAGGCAAAAAACCCAUGUAAUAUAUUUUCCCCAAUUCCGAAGAAUCUUGAAUUGUUGUCACUCUACAAACUACAAGUAUCAAUGUGGAUGACGGUAAUGAAGACUGUGUGCACAACAAAAAAACCAAUACCGAAUAUGGAUCACAUAAGGGAGUCUAAAAUAACGGAAGCACUUCCGUUAAUUUUCUUACAUUCCGCUUGUACAUAUUUGGAAAAUUUGAUAAAUAAGGAUAUAUUAUCGGAAAAUGAGACAUUUGCAAUAUUUUUGUUAAGACGAUACCUGGAAAUAUACCAAGGCAUACCAUCAGAUGAGGAUUCAAACAAAUUGACAACAAAGCGAAUUCGGAAAAUAUUAAACACGACUACAUUUUAUUCAAACCAAAUUGAAAAGUGUAAUCUAUGUGGUGAAAUAAUAGAUGGAAUGUGGCAUGUCAGAGCGUGUCCACAAGGUCAUAAAUUACCUAGAUGUUGUAUGACAUUGUUGCAGAUAAAGUUGUUGGAAUACCGUGUUUGUCCGAUAUGUGGUCAGAUCUUUCACCCAUGCUUAGAAGAUAUAUAUAAGGAGCCGCAAUGUCAGUUCUGCAAUGUACCUAUUUUGCGUAACUCAUAUGAUUUUGAUGUAGAAAACUCAGAACUAUACGGAAAAAAUUUAUCACUCCCAAUAAUUGCUGACAUCACAGCUGAAUCAAGAAAUCCAGAAUCUGAAGAAUCAUCUAAUAAACAAAAACAAAAUAAAUGGGACACUUCCCAUACAUAUUCUGUAAUUGUGAAUGAUGAUGACAACGAAUCAAAUAGAAUUACGGAGAAAUGGGAAAAAUUUUAA